UACAGCCCGCUGUGCAUGGUGAACAUUAGAAGCAUCAUUUUGCAUAAUUAAUGUGUUUUUAUCCGAAAAUGGAUUCAUAAUUCUGGCGGAGGAUUUUCUAAUUUAGCACCUGAGAAGUGUUCGGCUUUCUUUGAUGCGAAGGUGACGGUGAAAACAUCCACGAACUGUUUGACAUCCCCAGCUGUGUUUAUGGUCGUUGUUGUUGUUUAUGUGUACACUGACGAGGAAUCUCAACUGUCUCAAUCAGAAUUCGUUGACCAUGCUACUGGUUGACUUUUCACUGUGUAGAACGCAGUAAAAGUCCAGUAGUGCAGCUGAAGGGCAACAUUUGAUGUCGAGCCAACCUGAUCUCAAAUUCUAUGUUCACGGCAUUCGCAACAAACAAGCAACAUUUCAGCUACUAGACACUUGAUCUGCGAAAGGCUGAAGACUUGUCACUGUGGAGGACGCAGUACAAGCCUUUCUCUUUCCUUCUCACACAUCCAUUUUUAUUCGUCGCCUCAUCGCUGACUCUUCAUGCCAUUACUGUAAGAUUGGUUCAUGCGUACUACUUACCUUAUAACUCACUCUCAUAUCUUCAAGUCAAUGCUCAUUUGCUUACCUUUUACGAUUUGAAAUCGGUUUUGUUACCAUCUUAUUUUGUGAGAGAAUUUUUUUGUGUGUCUUUUGAGAGUUUAUCUUUGGUAGAAUUAUUAUGUUAAAAAAAUGCUCAACCUGUGAAUAUAUUUUAGUUUAAUGAUCAGUUUUACUCAUGAACAAAUGCUGAACACACACACGCACGAAUGCAGUACACUACAUGAGAUGAGCUUACAUUUUGCCUACUGUUCCCACCAUGAGUGAUGUACACGUGCGAGACGUGCCUGCGGGCCGUGCCAUCUCCCUGCCUGCUGACCUCUCCACUUCUGCCACUGGACAGAUGGUUGUGGUGACCACUGGUCAGCUGCCUGUUGCCCACAGCUCUCAGGUGCUGGCCCGUCCUGGGGAUGGGUCUGCCCCCGGCGUCACUCUUCACGGGGAGCCGGGAUUUCAAGAGGGAAGCAUUGAGCGAGACAGGAGAUGCUCGGAUGACAGCCAGGAGAACUCCAUUUUGGAGGCCAUGGACGGCGAGGGUGGGCUGACCAACAACAUGGCUGUGUCCAGCAGCCGACAGGAGAGCCCCACCCUACAGGUGGUGGCAAACAACGGCGCUGCUGAGACCCCCAUUCUCCUGACUUACCAGACUACUGUGGGAGAAAGGGUGCCAAGCUCCACUUCCCCUCUCCUGGGUGCAGACGGUGACAAGAGCUGUUUGAUCUGCGGAGACAAAGGCUCAGGCUUUCACUACUCUGCCUUUUCCUGUGAGGGCUGCAAGGGCUUCUUUAAGCGCACAGUUCAGAAAACCUUAAACUACACAUGUAAGGGUGAUGGUGAGUGUGUGAUCAACAAGUACACUCGUAACAGCUGUCAGCACUGUCGCUUCCAACGCUGCCUGGAGGUGGGCAUGAAGAGAGAAGCUUGCUUAAUCCCUGCAGCUGUGCGCGAGGACCGUUCACCUGGGGGCAAACACAGACACAAACGGCAGAAGGUAGAUGUGGACAUCAGCGGUCAAUCCCCUGUGGUGGUCAAGAGGGCAGACCGGCCAAGUUUUCGGGACAGUCUGCUGGAGUCGCUGGUGCAAGCCAAGCCUUUCCUUGUGCCUAAAGUGGAAGGUACCAUAUCCCUGGACAGCCUGUCCAUCAAUGAGUUCAUGCAGUAUGGCUACAUGGAACUCCGCUACAUCAUAGAGUGGGCCAAGAAAGUGCCAGGGUUUAAGGGCCUUGCUGUGGAUGACCAGAUGGCACUGCUCAAGUCAGCUUUCAUGGAGUUAAAUGUCCUGCGAUUAUCCUACAGGUCCAUAGGACUGGAAGGAUACAUCAAGUUUGCUGAAGGCCUUACUGUUCCUAUAGAUUAUGCAACAUCUAUAGGCUGGGGAAAGGAGCUUAUCACUGCCACAGCUGACUUUGCUGAUCGCCUUCGGGACAUCUUCAUGGAUGAGACAGAGUUCUGUACCUUGAACGCUAUUGUCUUGACCUAUCCAGAUGCCAAUGGUAUAAAGGAUAAGCAGCAGGUGACUAGCCUACAGACUCAGAUGCUGGACUCGCUGCGACGCUAUGUCACCUACACUUACCCCGAGGACCAUCGUCGCUACGGCAAGAUGCUGUUGCGACUUCCAGCUCUGAGGACCGUUAGCGCGAAAGCCGCUGAGCGCUUCCUGUCACUUACCCUGGACGGGAAUAUCCAGCUGAGUGCCUUGGUGUCAGAAAUGAUGACAUAAAUCAGGUGGCCUGCUGGGGGGCUGUGUUUACCCUGUACCUGUUUGUCAUAUGCAUAAUCCGUUCUUGCUCCUCCCAUGUGUCACCUUGUCUAUAUUGUCUGAAUAAAGUUGUACAAAAAAAAAAUGUAUGUCUGUUGCUGUAUAGACAUGGAGCAUCACCAGUUGGCUUUCAGAGGGUUGGACUUGUACGACAGCGGCCAGUGUUAUGAUAAUAGGAACCCAGGAGAACAACGACCUUCUGCAGGUUGCUGGCAGACCAUCCCUUAGACAAGAAGCCAGGAAAGCAACACCACUAAUGGCCUUAAUUAAAUAAAAUAGCUGAAAGACUUCUGGGGUGCAGCAGCUCCCUCAGCUACCAAGCAUUAGGAAUCUGUAUUUAUCCAAGCUUCCUAUUCUAAUUUUAGCCACCAGAAAUUACCUAAAUUCUCCAGCGAUCUGAACACCAGACCUUCAUUUACUGGGAUGGGAUACAUCUACAUGUAGAUCCUCGGAUUAAAAAUCGUACCAUGUUGUGUCGCCCAAAUGAUUAUCCCACAAUCCUUAAGGUUCAGUUAACGGCCCGUUUUCCAGGAUGCAUGUGCAGUCAUCUGGUACCUCAGAGCUUCAUGGGCCUUCCAGGUUAUUCCCACCCAAGUGGGAGCUUAAUAUUUAUAUAUCUGUUUGAUGUGCGACGCUGUACUCAAGUAUUUCGCUUACAUGAUGGUGGGAAGAUAAAUAUGUUACACCACCAAGUUUUAUUGGACAGGGAAAGCAUCUGCUCCUUCACAAAAAUGACCCAGGUAUCAAAGUCAAUGAGAAAUGUGAAAAGAUAAGAUG